GACCAAAAGAUUACAACAUGGCGGAGACCAUUCGCAGUAUUUGGGGUCAUGUAAUGAAACGGAAAUUUCUGAGAAGAGGAAUUCCUUUUGUUGUAAGUUAAUGACUUGGAUUAACAAUGCAUUGUAAAUAGAAUGAGUUUAUUGGUAAAAAGUGCUGUUAAGGGCAUAAAAUAUCUGGCGUAAGUGAGUAAAGUAAAAGGUAAAAUUAAAGAAAAUGUAAUAAAUAAUUGGUGGCUAGUCUAACUAACCAACUAGCUCUAUUUGGAAGAAGUGAAAAGUCAACAAAUUACAAAUAAAAAAACUAUUAAAAAAAUAACAAGAAACAUGCAAAUUUAAUGAAAUAAUUUUAGCUGGUGCAUAAAUUUCUUGGUGAACAUAGCUACUUUAUUGUAUUGUGUCACUCUAGACUAUGCCGCAAUGCGGCAAGAAGUAGAAGUAUCAUCGACUUGCGGUCUCCCCCUUUCCUCGUAUAAUAUCAGUACAGAAAAAUAAAUAAAUUUCCUGCUGAACUUACCAGCUUUGUCUUUUUUGGAUCCCUCUAUCUAUCUAGUUAUGUGGCAUAAUUUCAACUGAUACAAAAAAUCUUCCAAAAACCAAAGACCAAAUUAACAGUGGGGGGAAAAAAAAAAUUAACUAAUCAUUUCUUAGUGCAAGGGCACUGAAGCAGCAGUACAAGUGAGCACACUUCAAUGAUGUAAUGUAAUCCAAUUUUUAUCGCUAGUUUCAUCACUCCUUUUCUAUGCCGCAUAAUUUUAAAAAAAAUAAUUUGUAAAAAUAAAAAAUAAUUUCUCUAUUUUAAAUUUGCAUAAUUCGUAAUUUUCAAACGCUGAACACAUUCUCUCCGGAUCAAUGCUCCCAUUGUCGAUUUUAAAUGAAGUUUUUGGUCGGAUCGACGACAAGAUCGUCCAUGCAUAAAAACCUGUUCGUUUCGAUUCUUUUCUAAGCUAUUAGUUUUAAAUUACUUUUAAUCAAAUUUAGAAUGAUCUAGAUUUUACAGAGAAUGAAGUAUUUGAAGAGGUAGUUUUGAUUAUCUAUUUUAUUUUUGCUUACAAACAUAAAAUCUUGACCUAGCAAUCGAUCUAAUUAAUAGAAAAUACCGGCAUUACACUGAUGACGAUUCAGACAGUGAUUUUAUGAUUUCGUUUGCAGAGGCUGAUUCUGAUGAAUCGUAAUAAUCCUAGUAAUCUAGUAGUAGAAGUAAUAAUACUAGCGACGAAAGUAACACUGAAAUUGAUAAUUCAUCAGCUGAAGAACAACCAGCCCCGCCCCCAGCUAAAGUUCCUUCUAGAAGAGCUAAUACUGUUGCUACUAUAAAUAAUGUAGAUUUUAACAGGAAAGCUGCUGAUCUUGGCACUAAAACUGAGUGCAAUUUCAGAUUAUUGCCUUUAAAAGAUGUAGGUGUAAAUUUGGAGCUUGUAAUGCGACUAUAAAGUCAAAUUGUUCUGAACGUGACUGUUUUUUUACUUUGUUAGACACACAUUUAUUCACAAGCUUGUACUCUCAAUAAAUGAGUAUGCUUCCUACAGAGUUAAAGUCAACACUCCAACAUGCAAGAUUUUUAUUUUUAGAAUUUUAGAAACUGGAAACCUGUCAAAAAUUAAGAGACCUACAAAUUUCUAUCCCUAACAACAAUGAUGGGGAUGAACUCUCGUCCAUUUGUUUGUGACUUUUGGUCAAUGGGUUUUAUACACCUUGGUAUGUCCAAAUGUUUCAGAGAGAAUGAUUCAAAGACUUGUAUCAAUCUUCUCUACAUGCUACAGGAAAUGUGUGCAAAAUUUAGCCUUUUAAAAAUUCACAAGGCCAGAAGAUCAGAGAAAACUAGAGAAAAAAAUCUCAGAAAUUUCAAACUACAACUUGUGGACAGAUAAACAGAAUAUGCUGCGACCGUUACUCCAGAGGGAGAAAAAUUCAAAACUUCCGGCCACGGCCGUGGACAUCCCUUGACUUGUGUCGAAGUAAGAUAAGGAAUUUCCCCGUGCCCAUCUCUAUCACAUUGUUACGAUGAUUGUUCAUUGUAGACAUAGCGGACCAGCAUAGCCAUUAGAUAGACUAACUAAACGAAGACUAAACUUUAAUUAUAGGCCAAAACGUGCCAAAGUGUCCUCGUUUUAUAGCCAUUUUAAUUGUUUCUAUAGUAUAGUAGUUACUAUCCUAGUGUCUCAUUUUUAUUUUACUUAGUUUACAUGUUUUUAAUAAUUGUAAAGCGCUUAGAGCUUUAAGGUAAGCGCUAUAUAAAAAUGCCUAAAUAAAUAAAUAAAAUUUAGAAUGUUAAUUUAAACUGUUAAUUAAAGUAGCUACUACUUUACUAGCACUAAGAUACUAAUACUAAACUAAAGAAAGAAUGUAGGCCAGACUAAACUUAAUUUAAUUUCAACUAAAAUUAGCAGCCUCCUCCAAUAUUCUCUUAUUUUAACAUACUAAGUUCAAUGCAAAAAAAAUUUUGAAAUUUGAAGUUACUGGAUGGGGAAAGUGAGCCCAUUGAAAAAUUGCGGCUUCCCAGGGCUCAAUUUGUUAUGUUGGUAAUGCGCAUGCAUAAUAUAAUCGCUCAACCCACAAUGCCCAGUUCCUCCUUUUUGUUAUCACGAGCAAUAUUUUAAAAAAUAAUUAUUAUUUUGUUGUUUAUUUUUGCGCUCUCCAAUUUUCACCACAGUGUGUUACUAGCAAACGUGGAAAGCAAAAGUUUAGUGAUACUCGAGCGAUGGGAGCAACCACAUGUCAUGGACACUUCUUACACCGUAUAUAGAGGAAUACCCGGUACAAUAAAUUUGCUAUGCUCACCACAAAAUGCAUGAGGAAGGAAGCAUUCAUAGUGAAUUAUUCUAAGUUUGCUUUGCGCUCUUCCCAUCACGUAAUAUGCUCAGGGUGCUUAUUGCCCUACCCAUCAUUAGCCCAAAAAUUUUGUUCCAUAAAUUUUUUAAAAUAAAUUUUAAAUAGGCCAAUCAACUUAUUACAUUAUAAUAGCCAAAAUGAUUUUAUAAGUCAAAUAUCAAUUUUCCCCGAAAUCCAAAAGAAAAGCCAAGUUACAGAUCAUACCAUUUUUACCUCAAAUGCCAGUUAUAAUAAUUAUUGAAUUUAUUGUUUAAAAAAAAAUUCUAUUUAGUUUUACUUUUAGAAUCACUAUUAUUACGAUACGUGACUAUUAUUAACGUGUUUAAAAGCCAUGUAUAUGUAUCUACAACCCAUGCUUGAAUGAGCACAUUUUAUUGUGGCAAUUGGUUCUAAACAUGACAGAACAGACCUGGAUUUGACAACCCUUGUGUUGCCAAUUUUCUGACUAAUCUAAGCAGGACUAUUGGUCUAAUACCCUCUGCACCUCUAGCUCACCUCAUGUACAAUAGUAAUUAUUUAACAAAUUGAACAAGAUAAAAAAGUAAACCUACAUGCAUCUUUUGCUAUUCACGAUAAUCACAGUGCCAUUGUGGUAUAUGAGGAGAAUUCAGAAAUUUAAAAUCCCUUUAAAAACCAACAAAACUAUAAGACAACUAAUUGGAAAACAUUAAAUAUUUGUUCUUUUCAUUAAAAAAUGUUUACUGUUGAAGUGUUUUAAUGUUAUUACAUCUGGUAAAUAAGUUCAUAAUUAGAAAAUGAUUAACAAAUAUAAAUUAUAAUUUCUCAAUAUGGAACUCGUAAUAAGAGACUACCCUCCACUUAGGUAUCUUAAAUUGAAUUUUGAUAUUUGAGAUGGACUUAAAUUCAGCUUAUUGCUUUAUUCUAAUAAUUAAUUUGAUUUGAUACAUAUUCUUUAACUAUAUAAAGAGUGUAAUUAAAGUUUUUUAUUUCAAAAUUAUCCAAUGCCAAAAAUUAAGCUUGACACUCACUGUCACAGACUCAGAGUUUAAAAAACAAUUUAAAAAAUUAAAAGGCCUACUAGACCAGUUAAGCCUAGCCUAAUUUAAAAAAUGGCCGGUGUUGGGUAGGGCAAGUAGCAUUCUAAGUGUAAUAUGCAAUGAGUCAAUGAGUAGAGCUCAAUGCUUCCUUCCUUACAUUGGCCUGAGCCUAAACAUAAUUGGGGAUGAAUGAAGUAACUUUGUUGUUUAACUGAAAUUUGCUGCAAGGGCAGCAAAUGAUCUUCUGUUGCCCCCCUCCCCUCACACAGUUCCCCAUUUUUGUUUACAAAUUUCUUUUGUACACAUUUUUGGUAACCAGGGGAUAAACAUAGACUGCUGAGAUCUCACACCAUAUUACCCAUAAUUAGCACACUGUCCCUUGUAUUAUUGACAUGUAUCAGAUACUUUUGUUUGUUGCAUUGACUGCCUUUAAUGGAUCAAUUUCCUUCAUAACACACACAAAGUUAGUCAAAUCUGGGAAAUGGUUGAUCCAGUAGCAGCACUAAACCAUCACUCAAAAAUUUUUUUUUUUUUUAAAUUUCAGUUGUUUGUUGCUGGUGGAUCUGUGUUUCUGAAACAGUUUGCAAGUCUCAGAUAUGAAUUCAGAAAGAGCCAAAAGGUUAGAACCAUUGUUUUUUUGGUGCCAUUUUGACAACAAAGAACUUUGAACCUAACAUGGACCUUAGUUGGUAUUAUUUUAAAUUUUUUAAAGCUUUUUUCAAUAGUAUUUAAUGUUAUCAAUAAGUUUCCUUAAAACUGAAACAUUAAUAUGUAUUUGAUAUAUAACACAAGAUUCAAAAGUAACAUUUAACCAGCCUCACAAAAAAAUUAAAAAAAAGGUCAUCAUGAUCAUUAUCUCCCCAGUUGUCGAACGAACAAGCUGAGGCCUUGGGUCUCAAAUCUGGAAAUGUGGAGGCUGCAAUACAAGAAAUGCUGGAGGUAAAUUGUUUUAGUUUUUUUUAAAUAAUUAUGAAAGUUCUAUCACUUUUUGCAUUGCGUCAAUUACAAGUUCUCUCCAAGGUUUUUGUGGUUAUUUAAUUGCAUGUUAAUUUAAGAUUUUUGUGCUUGUCAUGCUUUGUUGCUUAAAAGCUUAUUCGUAUUGUUAAAAUAUUCAAUUUUUUGUUGUGUUAUGCCGUUCAGGCUUAAUAGUAAAGCAAUAAAAAUUCAAAAUUCAUUAUGUUCAUUAUAUCAAAAGUUGAUGGUUAACAUUAUAUUAGUAAAGUCAUACAGACUUAGACUGAAUGAUUUAUUUUCAUUCACAUUGCUUAGUUUGGGGGUUUUUGGGUUGUUUUUUGUAUGUCUUGACAUGUGAAACAGUUUCUUUGUGCUUACAAUCAAUAAUUAUUUUACAGGAAAUUGAACAAAGAGAUCUUGAAGACUGGGAAAAUAUUCGAGGCCCCCGACCUUGGGAAGAUUCAAAAACUGUUCAAACGGAAUUGAGACAAGCACUGAAGCCAAGCUGAAAAGGAAAAUGGAAUCUUUAGGUGUUUAUUCAUAACAAAGGUCUUAAGAAAGAUAAUGAAAUGAGAAAACUUUUAAAAGCAAUAGAGUAUAGAUUAUUUACAACAGACUGUAAUAUGCAAGGCUUAUGCCAUUGUGACAAUCCACUGUAACUUCUAUUGUAUGUUGUAAAAGCAUUUAAAUGUUUAAGGCCAUGACUUCAUUUAUUACUAAGCUAAAAAGACAAAGCUUCUGGGUUUUGCUUUAUGAGUAUUCCUGUAAGGCACUGGCUUUGUUUCUAUUUAAAUUAAGAAAUAGUAAUAGUCAUUUCACUUUAUUAAUAUUGUAUUUAAAUUUCUGAAUGCUAAAUGGAAACAAUUUAUCUAAUGACAUAACUGUCUAUUGUGUUCUAGUAAAAAAGCCUUGUUUGUCUUGAGGGUACCCUGAUCUUUGUGGUCCAUUCUUUAAUACUUCACUUGGCUAAUGUCAGGAGUAUUGUUACGCUCUGCUGUCUAUUGUGAGAAAUUAAUCUCUUAUUUUUAAUUUAUGGCUCGUUCUAAACAGUGCAUAACAAAGGACGAUACCGUAUGUGAAAAACAAUAGUACAAAUAUGACACUCAAAAGAGUACUAAUUACAAUUAAUACGAUUUAUUUAGUUAUCUAUAUAAUUACAAAGUAAAAGAAAUUAUUAAAAAUCAUCAACUUACAGAGUAUGGUAGGUCUUGUCUCGUGAAGUCAAAAUCUUAUUCACUCAAUAUUGCUCUCUUUGCUUUUAUAGUCGGUUCUACCGAAAAUUUGAGGCAUAUUCCGGAUUGUACUAGUAACUAGAACAUUCCACAUUUACUAUAAUUUUCUAAAGCCUUUGACUCAAACAAAACAGGUGAUAGCUUAAUUUGUGGCAAACAAGAUCAAAAGAAAUAAGCCACGCCCAAUACGAACGCAGCGUCUGCUAGGGAUCUCAGCACGGGGGAAAUAUGACGUAAACACGUCCUACAUAACAAGGAUCCAUCUGCUCCCAUAUAUCAGAAUUAGAUACUUUUUAAACCUGAAUCAAUGUGUUGAACUCUUUUACUACAGCAGCGGGUGUUUACACAUAAAUGGAAAGUCUCAUCAAGGAGUAAGGGAGAAAAUAAAGGCAGGGAACGCUGCAGUAGAAGAUAAUGUGAGGUCGGUAGGUCACUACUGGUUCAACUUGGCAAUAUGGGAAAGUGUCUUUGCCUUUACUGAAUUGUUCUUGUAUCUGUUGUAAAAUGAUCUCAGUGGAGUAAUGAUAUUUCUUAAGCAAUAGUUCAUGAACAUGUGACAUUGAGUUUCAUUGGUCACUACAGAAUAGUUUUGUUUCUAGAAACUUUUAAAACAUAACGCCUAGGAAUACCUUUGUCCAACUUAACAACCAACAUUUCCCUAGGAAUACCUUUGUCCAACUUAACAACCAACAUUUCCCUAGGAAUACCUUUGUCCAACUAAACACCCAACAUUUCACUAGGAAUACCUUUGUCCAACAAAGCAACCAACAUUUCAUUAGGAAUACCUUUGUCCAACUAAACCAACAUUUCAAAUCAUUUUGAUUUUUUUUUUUAAAUUCUAACUACCGGUAUUCAGUUUUAGUUCCUGAUAUCUGUAUCAAAUAUUUAGUAGUAACUGAAUAACAGUACAAACUCUUUUAGCUGAACGUUUAAAUAGUAAGUUCUAUGAUCACAUGCCUGGAGCAAUCCCUGAGGUCAUUAAAAAAAAUUUUUUUGCGCUUGGAUGGCUGGAUGAAAGACAUUGGCAUGUUGAUGGCCAUCAUUUCAUAGGUUGGACACACUGUCCAGAUGAUAUUGUUUACUUGAUGAAUUUUAUUUGAAAUUCUGUUUGAAGCAGCUAGACUACAUGUCUGCGCUGUGAGAAUUUAUGUAAUGUGAUAUCUAUGUUGUUGAAAAUGAUGCUUCAGAAAUGAAUUUAUAAUUGAAAUUGUUAUUUGUUCAUAAAUAAAUGCUUGAAUUCAUACAUGUUAAUUAAUUUUAUUUGAAAACAAAAAUGGAGUGCAGUAAGUGACCUGUGUCAUAGUAAAAUUGUGGAUAAGAAUAAAAGUAAAUGCGCCUUUUUUUGUUUAUUUGUAUCCAAUAAAAGUCUUUCAGUUUUAAU